AAUGCUGAUAGUUAUGACCAGAGCGCAUUACAGGCAGUUCAGCUGGAAGAUGGCACCACGGCUUACAUCCACCAAGCAGUGCAAGUCCCACAGUCUGAUACCAUCCUACCAAUUCAGGCUGAUGGUACAGUGGCAGAUCUGCAUACUGGGGAUGUCACAAUUGAUUCUGAAACCAUCAAUGCUUUGGAACAGUAUGCAAAGGUAUCCAUUGAUGGAAGUGAAAGUAUAACAGGUACUGGAAUGAUUGGAGAAAAUGAGCAAGAGAAAAAAAUGCAGAUUGUCUUACAAGGACAUGCAGCAAGACUAACUGCUAAAUCUCAACAGAGUGGAGAGAAGGCGUUUCGAUGUGAAUAUGAUGGAUGUGGGAAAUUAUAUACAACAGCUCAUCAUCUUAAGGUUCAUGAGAGGUCACACACCGGAGACCGGCCUUAUCAGUGUGAGCAUCCUGGCUGUGGGAAAGCAUUUGCAACAGGUUAUGGAUUAAAAAGUCAUGUCAGAACUCACACAGGAGAAAAGCCAUAUCGGUGUUCAGAAGAUAAUUGUACUAAAUCCUUUAAAACUUCAGGAGAUCUACAAAAACAUAUCAGAACUCAUACAGGAGAAAGACCCUUUAAAUGUCAUUUUGAAGGCUGUGGUCGGUCUUUUACAACAUCAAAUAUCAGAAAAGUGCAUAUUAGGACACACACAGGAGAAAGACCUUAUUACUGCACAGAACCAGGAUGUGGAAGGGCAUUUGCCAGUGCAACCAAUUAUAAAAACCAUGUGAGGAUACACACAGGGGAAAAGCCAUAUGUUUGUACAGUCCCUGGGUGUGAUAAAAGGUUUACAGAAUAUUCUAGUUUGUAUAAACAUCAUGUUGUUCACACUCAUUCCAAACCUUACAACGGUAAACACUGUGGGAAGACAUAUAAGCAGAUCUCCACGCUGGCCAUGCACAAACGGACCGCCCACAACGACACAGAGCCAAUCGAGGAGGAGCAGGAAGCCGCCUUUGAGCCUCCGCCAGGUCAAGGUGAAGAUGUUCUUAAAGGGCCCCAGAUCACAUAUGUCACAGGUGUAGAAGGGGAUGAUGUUGUGUCUACACAAGUAGCCAUGGUAACCCAGUCUGGGUUGAGUCAACAGGUUACACUCAUAUCCCAGGAUGGGACUCAGCAUGUCAACAUAUCUCAAGCUCACAUGCAAGCCAUUGGCAAUACCAUCACAAUGGUAACGCAGGAUGGCACACCCAUCACAGUCCCUGCUCAUGAUGCAGUCAUCUCCUCAGCAGGGACACGCUCUGUUGCUAUGGUAACUGCCGAGGGUACAGAAGGGCAGCAGGUUGCAAUUGAGGCUCAGGACUUGGCAGCAUUCCACACUGAAUCGUCAGAAAUGGGGCACCAGCAGCACAGCCAUCACUUAGUAACCACAGAAACUAGACCUCUGACCUUAGUGGCAACAUCCAAUGGUACCCAGAUUGCAGUUCAGCUUGGAGAACAGCCAUCUCUGGAAGAAGCCAUCAGAAUAGCAUCCAGGAUCCAACAAGGAGAAACACCAGGGCUGGAUGACUAAUCCCAAGAGCAAUAAAGCCAGAGGAGCCUUUCAUCUUCAGGCAGCAGAGCUCAAGGAAGCCUGGGGCCCAGGAAAAUGAUAACUUUUCCAUUCCUCAUCACUGUACACAUUUUUAUGCAAGAGUGGAGAACAUUUUAUUCUUGACACUUUUGUGUAUAUAACCCUUGGAAUAGAUUUCCAAAUUGAUUCAUUGUGUACAAGGAAGUAUGAAAUUAGGGCAAUCCAGUAAAUUUUCACAUUACUCUUUUAUCACAUUGCAGACUCCUAGAG